AUAUUUUAAUACCCAGUCUAUCUUUCUAACACGCUACAUAUUUAUCUAUCUACUCAUUCUAUCUAUCUAUGUUAAAUACCCAGCUAUCCUUCUAACAAUCCAUUUCCCAUCUCCACAGUACCUCAUGAAGGAUCGUGAGGCUUUCGGAUUGCGAAUGCCUCUAGCGUACUGGAAUUUGUGUCUGUCGCUCUUCUCAGCGUAUGGAGCCUUCCGCACGGUUCCCCAUCUGCUGAACAACAUCUACCAAGUGGGCUUUGAGGCGUCCAUGUGUACACCGGCCCCUGAAAGCUACGGACUGAGUGCUACUGGCAUGGCUACCACCUUCUUUGUGUUCUCAAAGUUUCCCGAGCUUGUGGAUACAGUCUGGAUCGUUCUGAGGAAGAAGCCUCUGAUCUUCCUACACUGGUACCAUCACAUCACCGUGUUACUGUUCUGCUGGCACGCGUACGCCACCCGCUCCAGCGCGGGUCUGUACUUCAUUUCGAUGAACUAUUCCGUGCACGCGGUCAUGUACUUCUACUACUACGCCAUGGCCGUGAAGAUCUGGCCCAAGUUCCUGAACCCCAUCAUGAUCACCAUGUUUCAGCUAUCGCAGAUGGCUGUUGGUAUCUUUGUUUCUAUUAUGGGAUUCUAUUAUCGUUAUAACGGAACUCCCUGUGCUGUCAGUGACGAUAACAUGGCCUGGGGCGCUGCUAUGUAUGCUUCGUACUUCUACUUGUUCCUAGAGUUCUUGGUGAAGAGAUACAUACUCACGCCCAGCGAGUCAGUCGACACAAAGAAAGCUGCCGUUGACGCCAAGAAGGCUGCCGUGUCCAAGAAGGAGGAGUAG